CGCCACGUCAUCACUUAACCACAGAUAAUCAGUCUAAAGAGGGCUGUCAAAGCCCUUUUCAAUGUCAGAGCGCUUACGAGAAAGACUUGGUAUAUUAUCCGAAGAGUUUGAUGGAAGUCUCCGAUCCGCAUCUCCAUCAGGAAGUCGAUCACCUAGAAGAAUGAGCAGAUCUCCAAGGCCCCAUGGAACUCAUGAACCAGCCGUAGGUGUGACUCGACCUUUCGUAAGACAAUCCCAUCCUGAAAUCGCUGCUUGGCCUGCACCUCCACCGGCGCAUCAACUAGGUUGCCUCUCUGGAAAUGUUCGAACACCAGUCGGAGGACCAGCUCCCCCGUCACCAGUUUUGCGGAGGGCACCAAGUGGCCCGAUUUCACCAUCUCCAAUAUCUCCAGUUAGCCAACAUUCACGAGCAAGUUCUAGGCAUGACAUUGAUAACACUUCAUUGCUAUCAAUUUUGAAAUUGUCACAUGUUGCAAGAGAAUCAUCGAGAAAUACUUCUAGAAAUAAUUCACCUCAGCCAGCUGGACGAGAAACCGAAUUGAAAAGGAAAAUUCAAACACUGGAAGAAACUGUGGCAGAGUAUGAAAGGCAAAAAUACAACGUCAUGGGCACAUUCAGUGAAUACAGAGAACGAGUUGCUGAAAGGGAGCGAAAGUUAGAAGCUGAGUACUCUGGUAAAAUAAUCGCCCUUUCUGAAGAAGUGCUAGGUGCCAAAAAGGACUUUGAAGCAAGAAUGAAAAGUUUCCAAGCUCUCCAAGAUAAAUUCGAAAGGGAGAAAGAGCAGGCUCUGGAAAAGCUCCGCAAGGAACAUCAGAAGGAAAUUCAAGUGUUAGAACAACGAUUUUCAGAUACACAAUUGCUCAACCUAGAACAAAAAUAUAUAAUUGAAAUUCAAAGGUUGGAAGAAGAACGGAAGUCUUUGCGAACUGAAAAAGAAAGACUCGGUGAAACUUUUGAAAUGAAGCUUCGAAGAGCUCAAUCUUUGUAUGAAACUGAACUAACUGCUGCAAAAAUGCUCUAUACUAAGGAACUGGAAGCCUUGAGAGAUCACGAAGAAGCACUGAAAGAGGAGCUUCUUGCUAGACAAGAUGAGUUUCACGAUCGGCUUCAAGAGUUGCAGUUGCAAUCAAAAAGAAGUCGCGAAGAUUUGGUGUCUUGCAAAAACGACGUUACUGCUCUGGAAAAGAAACUCCACAAUAAAGAAAAAGAAGUUCAAACUUUGACAAAAGAACUGGAUCAAGUGAAAACAGAAACGAAUGAUAAGAUCCGACGGUUGACUGAGGUAACUUCCGAGUUCGCAGAAUAUCGCAAGAAGUUCCAGCAACAGGAAGAAGAGUUGAGAAGGAAAGCAAGAUUACUGACCGUCGUUGAAGCGGCAAAAGAAAAACUGGAAUCUGUAAUUUCCGAUCUGCAAGUUGAAGUGAAAGCUUUGAAAAAUAAAGUAGAGUUUUUGGAGAAGGAACGUGAGAACCUGCAAAGUCAAAGUGAAAGUCAGACCCAACUCCAAUCUUCUCAAGUUGAUGCUCUCGAAGCGGUAUUACACAGCGUCACAAAAGAAAAGGAGACAACAAAAGAACACUACGAGGGUCUUCUGCUCAAAGAACGCCAACAAGCUGAAAGCAGGGAGCAUGCGAUGAAAAAAGAAUUUAGUUGCAAACUGAAUGAGCUUGAAGAACAGUAUACCAGUCUGAAAGAGGAGCUCGAAGAAUCGGCACGUCUUGACAAGGAUGAGCUUAGAGAGGCAUCUGAGAUUGAGAUUCAAGCUCUGAGAACUGAAAAGAGCAUUCUUGCUGCAGAAAUCAGAGUUUUAACUCAGAAAAUUGAAGAUGAAGAGCAGGAUGAUAUCACCGAGCAGCUCGCGAAAAUUGUCGAGGAUACUUCUCAAUUGACUAGAACUCUUGAAGAAUACAGGGAAAGAAUCACAGGAAAAGAUGCUGAGAUAUUGAACCUUCGUAAGCAACUUGAGAAAGAAAUUUCUCACACCGAAGAUAGGAACCGAUUAUUACACGAAAACACUCAGAAGGAGUUGGAAGCGCACAAAGAAACUCACACCGAAACUGUGCGAGUCCUUGAGGCUGAGAUUGAUCAAUUUAAAAGUGCAUUUGAAAAUGAACAAGAAUAUGGAAAAGAAAAGUCUGCAAAGAUUAGAGAGCUGGAAGCACAAAAUAAGACAUUACUCUCUGAAAUGGAAAAGGUGAAACACGUUGCUGAAAAUUUGGAGGCUUUUACUUCUGAUAAGGACAAUCUUCUCGAGGAGCUUGAAUCCAAAAACAAAAACAUUGAACAUUUGAAGCAAGAAAUUGCUCAGCUCAACGAGAAGAUUUCUACGAAAGAAACCGAGAAAGACAGCGAACUUGAAAAAACGAUUGCACAGCUCGAAAUUGAUAAUAGCUCGAAAUCUGAUCAAAUCGAAAAGCUUCAUUUAAGAGUCAAUGACAUGCUCGACCAAAUGGGUACGAUUAAAGAUGAGCUUGUAAAGAAAAAUGAGGAGAUUAAAACGAUCAGUGCUAAAACUGCUCAACUAUUAGAAUCAAACACCGUAGAGUCUGAGACAAAGCUUGCCAGUGUCACUGAAGAACGAGAAAAAGAGAUCCAGAGUUUCCAAACUCAAAUUUCUGAGAAAGAUAAUGAAGUUUUGACGAAAGCUGAACGAAUUAACGAAUUGGAGACUUGUCUGAAAGAACGAGAAGUCGAGUUGACAGGCAUGCGUACAAAACUCGAUGAUAUGACUCAACAACUGAAUGAGGAAACUACUGUUGUACUUUUUGACAACUCUAUUCAAGAAAAAAUCGACGAAAAGGAGGCGACCAUCAACGAAAUGAACGAGAGAUUGAAAUCGAGAGAAAACGAAAUUGCAAAACUCCACGAAGAAAUGUACAUGCAAAAAACUCAAAAUGAGAAGCGAAACGAAGAGCAAAGCAAGCUUUUUCAAGAAUUAAUGUUUGAGAAGGAGCAGUUGGAAGCCGAAAAAGCAGAGCAAUCACACAUUGAAGCAGAAGUCGAACAAGUUUUCCAAGCCGAUAAGGAAUCCAAAUGGAAAGAGCAAAUUGAGGAUUUGGAAAAUGCACUUCAACGAAAAAACGAGCUGAUCCAACAAUUGCAAGACCGUCAGACUGAUGAAUCAACCUCUGAGCCCCAUACCAAAAAACGAAUGAGUAUCACUUCCCAUGGUGUCUUUCAAAAUUUUGUGAGUCAGAUGAAAGAUAAAAGAGAAGAGGCUAGUGAAAAAAGAACAAGAAAAGAAGCGGAGAAAAAGGCUGAAAAGGAGAAAGAGAAAGCUGAAAAGGCAGCCAAAGAAGCUGCAAAAGAGUUGGCCCGUGAAAAGUCGCCCGCUCGUGCCAAGUCCCCUUCAAUUCUGACAAGAUUACGAGAUCGUAGUCCAGCGAAAUCGAAGUCGGACAACCUCGAAUCGACUCCAUCUUCUUCUAGCAGAAAUCUACUUUCUCCAUUUGACGCAGAAAAACGCAUGGAGCGAAGCUCACCAUCGCAACAAUUGUUCAGCCGAACUAAGAAAGAUUCGUCCUCCGAAAAGCGACCGGCGUGGAAAUUUUAAUCACUAAUAUAUGUUCUCAGUCCUUUUUAAUUUGUCAUUCGAACAUUUUAAUUACCUGUAUAUUUCUUGCGCUCUACAGAUCAUGGCAUAAUAUCUUCACUUUUUGUAGAGCUGUGACGUUGGUCAGUGCUUGCAAUGAAUGAUUUAUUAAUU